GUGCUCAAACACAGCUGUACUUGUUCAAUCACACGCGCUCCUGACUGUCACCCUGUCUGGGGAACAUCGAGGGCACCACCACAGUCUGCUCGUUCUUCAGGGACUAACGUUUAUUGCUACUGAUUUCCACUUGAAAUGACUUUACUUAGGUGAUCUACGAGAAAUGUUUUAUUACUGACCCCGGGACUUCUCGGACACACCGCGCGCUGACCAGCAGAGCCACACAAAAACUUCGCAAACUUGCUCGUUCACACUGUCUCUGAGGACUGAAGCGACGAUGGAGCAUCAUCGGUGCUUCUGCGCGUUCAUUUUGGUGCUGAUGUCCUGUGUUCAUUAUUCCCUGAGCAUGGAGAGAAAUAAGGAUAUUCCAACAGAAAAACUGCUUGUACUUACUGUUGCAACGGAGGAGACGGAAGGCUUCCACCGCUUCAUGCAAUCAGCAAACUACUUAAACUUCAGUGUGAAGGUGCUGGGGAUGGGAGAGGAGUGGAAGGGAGGUGAUGUGGGUCGGUCCAUUGGUGGAGGCCAAAAGGUUCGACUGCUGAAGGAAGCCAUGGAGUCUCUGGCUGACCAAGAGGACUUAGUGGUCUUGUUUGUGGACAGUUAUGACCUCAUCUUUGCUGGUGGACCAGAGGAGAUUCUCAGAAAGUUCCAGAAGACCAAUCAUAAGCUGGUGUUUGCUGCUGAGGGAAUCAUCUGGCCGGAUUCUCGACUAGCAGAGAAGUAUCCUUCUGUCCGCAGUGGGAAACGCUUUCUUAACUCUGGAGGCUUUAUUGGCUAUGCUCCAUACGUACAGAAGAUUGUGAACCAGUGGGACCUUCAUGAUAAUGAUGAUGAUCAGCUAUUCUACACUAAGAUCUACGUGGAUCCACUUCAGAGGGAAAGGCUUAAUAUGACCUUGGACCACAAAUGUGAGAUUUUCCAGAAUCUGAAUGGAGCAGUGGAUGAAGUUCUCCUGAAGUUUGGGACUGAGCGAGUGCGAGUGAGGAACACUGUCUACAACAGUCUGCCCGCGGUUAUCCACGGAAAUGUGAACACCAAGAUAUACUUGAAUUACUUAGCCAACUACAUCCCCAAUGUGUGGAACUAUGAGCGCGGCUGUACCAUCUGUGACCAAGACAUGAUGGAUUUGUCUCAGCUUAAAGAAUAUCCACAAGUGACUGUUGGUGUAUUCAUCGAGCAGCCGACUCCAUUCCUGCCAGAGUUCCUCGAACGGUUCCUGAGUCUAGAUUAUCCCAAAGAUAAACUGAACAUCUUUAUUCAUAACACUGAGGUUUACCAUGAGAAGCACAUACAGAAGUUUUGGGAAGAGAACAAGGAUGUUUUCCACAGUUUUAAGGUUGUUGGCCCCGAGGAGAACUUAACUCAAGGAGAAGCGAGGAACAUGGGAAUGGAUGUGUGCCGGAAGGAUCUUUCUUGUGAUUAUUACUUCAGCAUCGAUGCAGAUGUGAUGCUCACCAACCGUCAGACACUGAAACUGCUCAUCGAGCAAAACAGAAAAAUAAUUGGCCCUCUUGUCACCCGUCACGGAAAACUGUGGUCCAACUUUUGGGGAGCCCUGAGCCUGGAUGGUUAUUAUGCAAGAUCUGAAGACUACAUUGACAUUGUGCAAGGAAAGCGUGUUGGUGUGUGGAACAUUCCCUUCAUGGCCCACAUCUACCUCAUUAAGGGCCAGACUCUGAGGAAUGAACUCAAAGAGAGGAAUGUCUUUGUGUUGGAGAGGCUGGACCCUGACAUGGCCAUGUGCAGGAAUGCCAGAGACUUGACAGUACACAGAGAAAGAGAUUCUCCUUCUCCGGAAUCAUUCCAUAUGCUCAGACCCCCAAAGGAAGUUUUCAUGUAUGUUACAAAUCGUCAUGAGUUCGGAAGGCUUAUUUCAACUGCCAACUAUAACACAUCCCAUUAUAACAAUGACCUUUGGCAAAUAUUUGAAAACCCUCUGGACUGGAGAGAGAAAUACAUCCAUCCCAACUACACUCGAAUUUUUACUGACAACCUCUUGGAGCAGCCAUGCCCAGAUGUUUUCUGGUUCCCUGUGUUCUCGGAGAAAGCCUGCAAUGAGCUGGUGGAGGAGAUGGAAAACUAUGGUUCAUGGUCUGGUGGAAGACACGAGGACAGACGUAUCACUGGAGGCUAUGAGAGUGUCCCGACAGAUGACAUUCAUAUGAAACAGAUCAAUUUCGAUAAGGAAUGGCUGCACUUUAUCAGGGAAUUCAUCUCCCCUGUCACUCUCAAGGUUUUCUCUGGCUAUUACACCAAGGGCUAUGCGAUUAUGAACUUUGUGGUGAAGUACACUCCAAACAGACAAGCCUAUCUGAGACCACAUCACGACUCCUCAACAUUCACCAUUAAUAUUGCUCUCAACAACAAGGGCUUAGAUUUUCAGGGUGGAGGCUGCCGAUUUCACAGAUAUAAUUGCUCCAUAGAGUCUCCUAGAAAAGGCUGGAGCUUCAUGCAUCCAGGUAGACUCACCCACCUUCACGAAGGACUACCUACGACCAACGGCACGCGCUACAUAGCAGUGUCCUUCAUAGAUCCUUAGACUCCUGGUAGUUCUAGCAGUUCUACACUAGAAAUUUACGGGCCUUGAUAUGUUUGUGUAGUGUCAGCUGUUUGUCCGUUUGUUUUUACUGAUUUAUUCAUGGUUUAUGUGUUGUGUGACUGUUUGUGUUUGCUGUCUUUUGAAACAUUUACUACUGUCGAGAGAGAAAAUGCUGUUCAUCAGAAGUUUAAUAAAGUCGAUGCACACAUACACACACUCACUCCAGCAGACAUAUAAACCUCGUUCAUUACUCAAAAUUAUAUGAGAGAUUUGAUCAUAAUUUUUCUAAUAUAACUUUGGCAAAGAAAUCAGGUGAGAUCAGUAACUCUUCCUUUAAACAGCUUUGGUUCACUCAAAAUGGCUGCCUCCUGGAAACUUUCUAUAUACUAGUUUGGAAAUUGUAAUUUAAAUAUUAUUUGCAUUUAAGUCAUUCUCAUUAGAAUAAAUUUGCACAAGCCUGUCACCCUUUAAAAUCCUAGUAUGACUUUCUGGCAAACUUUAGUGCUAUUCUACAUCAACAGCGCAUUACAGCAAAUGUCUUAAAAUUAAAUUGUACCAUCAACAUUCAGACUUUCAACUUUAUGAUCAAUAUUAAUUAGCUUCCACUGGGAUUCUCAAACUGACACGCCCUCAACUCAAAGUCUGGGUUAAAAAUAAAUAAACGUGUGCAUAUGAACAAUACUCAUAUAUACAAUCAUUCCAACUUGAUUUCAAGGCAGCAGUGAUUAUACUGUCAGCUUCCUACCAUCAGUAUAAUAAUAAAAAAAAAAAAGUUUAUUUCAGUUUCAUUGAUAAUUGGUAUAAAAAAAAAAAGGAAGGUGAGCUUCAAGUACUGUAAAAACAAUCUAGAUGUAUUUUACUACUGUCAAAUAAUCUAGAUUGUAGAGCUGUUAGUGGCAAUGAAAUAACAUGACUUCAAUAGUUCUUCCAUGUAGCAGAUGACCAUGUUUUUUUAAAGACAUGAAGGUAAUGUUACAUGACUUACAUUAAUAUGAAACUAUGAAUAUGCGGUCAACAAAAUAAAUAUAAUUUUGUAUGUUUGCACAACAAGAAACGACAGGAUUUUAAAUUAAUUCUGGUUAAGUUUUUUUUUUUUUUUUUUUUUCCCUUAAAGUUUUGCUGAAGGUGUUUUUUACUGUAAAAAAAACAAGGUAAAAUAUGCCUUAUUUUCUGAACUGAGAAUAUCUCAGAGAUGUCAAAUGUUUUACUUUCUUGCUCCUUAUAAAUGUCUCAGCCAGGUCAAUCUCUUAACUUAUUUUGAAGUUGUUGAAAUAAUAAAAUAUGUUUUUUUAAAGAGAAAAA